AUGAAGAUUACCACGGCCCCGGCGCUGUUGGGCGCGCUUUCGCCCAUCUUCGUGCAUGCCAUACCUGUGGAUGAUCUUGAUACACGAGAUGUUGACACUCGGUAUCCCUACAAUGGUCCAGCUGUUCCAGUUGCAGAUUGGGUUGAUCCGAGUAUCAAUGGUAAUGGCAAGGGAUUCCCACGUCUCGUUGAAGCCCCAGCCGUUGUACCUGCAUCGAGUAACCCAACGAACAAUAUAAAUGUCAUCUCAUUAUCGUAUCUUCCCACGGGCGUCAAUAUCCACUACCAGACACCAUUUGGUUUAGAUGAGUCCCCUCUUGUGACCUGGGGUAGUAGCCCCACCGACUUGUGUAACAAGGCCAGUGGAGUUUCUCACACAUAUGACCGCACCCCAUCUUGCUCCGAGGUAGUGGUGACUCAGUGCAGCCAGUUCUUUCAUGAGGUUCAAAUCGCUGGUUUGCAAUCUGAUACUACGUACAGCUACAGGAUCUCGGCUUCGAACGGUACGACUGCCUCAGAGGUUUUGAGCUUCACCACGGCACGUGCGGCCGGUGAUCCAAAGGGGUUUACAGUUGCCGUGUUAAAUGACAUGGGAUAUACAAACGCUGGCGGUACACACAAGCAGCUAAUAAAGGCAGUAGAUGAGGGUGUUGCCUUUGCUUGGCACGGGGGUGAUCUUAGUUACGCCGACGAUUGGUAUUCUGGGAUUCUUCCUUGCGAAGAUGAUUGGCCCGUUUGCUACAAUGGAACAUCUACUGAGCUUCCUGGUGGGGAUCCGAUUCCUGCCGAAUACGAAGUUCCUCUCCCAGAUGGAGAAAUUGCCAAUCAAGGUGGACCUUUAGGUGGCGAUAUGAGUGUUCUCUACGAAUCCAACUGGGAUCUUUGGCAACAAUGGAUGGUCAAUAUCACUUCUAAGAUUCCCUACAUGGUUCUCCCUGGAAACCAUGAAGCAACUUGCAGCGAGUUUGAUGGCCCAGGCAACAUUUUGACAGCUUGGCUGAACAACGAUGAAGCCAACAGCACAGCACCUGAGUCUGAACUGACUUACUAUAGUUGCCCACCCUCCCAAAGAAACUUCACUGCGUUUCAAAACCGUUUCCGGAUGCCAGGAAACGAGACUGGUGGUGUUGGCAACUUCUGGUACUCUUUUGACUAUGGCCUUGCCCACUUUAUUACUCUGGAUAGUGAAACAGACCUUGCGAAUAGCCCCUCUAAAACCUUCGCCGCCGAUGUCACGGGAAAUGAAACGCUACCCGUGGCUAACGAGACCUAUGUCACUGACAGUGGGCCAUUUGGUGCCAUCGACGGCAGCUACAAAGACAACAAGGCCUAUGCGCAGUACAAGUGGUUGGCGCAAGAUCUCGCCAGCGUCGACCGUGCGAAGACACCUUGGAUCAUAGCGAUGAGCCAUCGUCCCAUGUACAGCACACAAGUAUCAUCCUAUCAAGCCCAUUUACGCGCUGCUUGGGAAAGUCUCAUGCUGGAAUACAAGGUCGACGUUUAUUUAUCUGGUCACAUCCAUUGGUACGAGCGUCUCUACCCCAUGGGAGCCAACAGCACGAUUGAUAAGACAUCCAUCGUGAACAACAACACGUAUUACACCAAUCCAGGUCUAUCCAUGACCCACAUCAUCAACGGCAUGGCGGGAAACGUCGAAAGCCACAGCGUUCUAGAACCCGGCCAAGCGAUCUCAAACAUCACUGCCGUCCUUGAUCAAUCUCAUUACGGAUUCAGCAAGCUCACUGUUCUCAAUGCUACAGCGCUGACGUGGUCCUUUAUUCGCGGAGAUGGCGCUGAUGGAGAUGACCUUUUGCUACUCAAGCGAGCAAACAAGACUAGCACUUUCUCGGGUCCUAGUAAGACUAUUGCGCGCAGAGAUAUAGCCAAUAGUGCUUCGAGUUCUGUUGUUGCUUCGUUCGUUCUUGUUAUUCUUGCUUCGUUGACCGCGUUCAUCCUGUGA